UUUAGCACAAUACCUCACUAUAACUAACAUAUACUUGGCCUCUUCUAAAUCCGAAAACCUUGUACAACUAGUCUCCGUUCACCUUGCUCUUGGAGAGAUGGGCAUGGUUACAAAGUUGGGGUCUGAAAAUCCUGUGGUUAUCUUCAGCAAAAGCAAUUGUGGCAUGUGCCACACCAUUAAGACACUAAUAAACAAUUUUGGGGCAAAUCCUAAAGUUUAUGAGAUUGAUCAACAUCAAGAUGGUCAGAAAAUGGAAAGGGAACUGCUACAUCUAGGACAAGAGCCAAGUGUGCCUACUGUUUUCAUAGGCAAAGAGAUGAUCGGUGGCUCUGAUGAGGUGAUAGGCCUUAAUGUCAAAGGUGAGCUGAAGCCACUGCUUAUAAGGGCCAAAGCUAUAUGGAUAUAGAGCUAAAUCAGAGAACUCGAGAUCAGGCUAGCAGAGAACAGUAAGCCGAGCAUUCUUGUUCCCCAAUACAUAAGGUUAAUGAGCUUGUUACCUAAUGAGUGUAAUAUCAUAGAACUGGUGUACUAUAGAGUCUAGACCUAUUUUUAUCAGAGUUUCAGCAGCUGUCCUGCAUUUCUGCAAUCCUGCAUUAAACUCAUGAAACAGAUCGAAUUAGAAGUCUGCGAAGAGCAACUUUUACUUGGUGUAGCGAGAAGUGUAUCUAAGUGGUACGAGAACUAUCGAUAUUUCUUGUCUACUUAACUAUCUAUAUGUGAGAAAUUACUUUCCUGGUUAUGUAAUUUGCUACUCUAACACAGGAACUGAGACUUCCUGAUCCAUCAACU